GCUGGCUUGUUUCAUGGCGGGGAGAUGGCUGGUGCCUCCGAAUCCGUAGGGUUGGGUGGUCCACGGGCCCCGGCGCGCCAGGAGCCUCCUCCCACCCGCUUCCAUCAAGUGCACGGAGCCAACAUCCGCGUGGACCCGUCGGGGACGCGAGCCACACGUGUGGAGAGCUUCGCCCACGGUGUGUGCUUCAGUCGAGAGCCCCUAGCCCCGGGCCAGGUAUUCCUAGUGGAGAUAGAGGAAAAAGAGCUGGGCUGGUGCGGGCAUCUGCGUCUUGGCCUGACGGCUUUGGACCCGGCCAGUCUGGCUGCCGUGCCCGAGUUUUCACUGCCUGACUUGGUCAGCCUUGGCCACAGCUGGGUCUUCGCUAUCACACGCCACCACAACCGCGUGCCCCGGGAGGGUCAAGCAGACGCAGAGUCAGCGGCCCCCAGCCGACCCCAAGCCCUCCUGGUUGAACCCUAUCUGCGCAUCGAGCAGUUCCGAAUACCCCGGGACCGCCUGGUGGGCCGCAGUCGGCCAGGACUCUAUAGCCACCUCUUGGACCAGCUCUAUGAACAAAACGUGCUGCCUCCUACAGCGCGCCGUAGCCGCCUGGGUGUUCUCUUCUGCCCGCGUGAGGAUGGGACCGCCGACAUGCACAUUGUUAUCAAUGGGGAAGACAUGGGCCCCAGUGCCCGGGGGCUGCCGUGUACCCAGCCUCUCUAUGCUGUGGUAGAUGUGUUUGCCUCUACCAAGAGUGUGCGCCUGGUUCAACUGGAGUAUGGAUUGCCGUCUCUGCAAACUCUGUGCCGUCUGGUGAUCCAGAAGAGUGUGGUGCACAGGCUGGCCAUUGAUGGGCUCCACCUGCCCAAAGGACUGAAGGAUUUCUGCAAGUAUGAAUGAAGGUUCAUG